AUGUCUGGACGUGGAAAGAAACACACAGUGGCUGGCAACCCUAGAAGAGCAUUAAAGAAAAGCAAAUCAGCCAGGGCAGGUCUGCAGUUCCCCGUGGGCCGUGUCCAUAGGCUCCUGCAGAGAGGGAAGUACGCUGACAGGAUUGGCUCUGGCGCUGCCAUCUACCUGGCUGCAGUGAUGGAGUACGUGACGGCAGAGGUCCUGGAGCUGGCAGGCAACGCUGCCCAUGAAAACAGGAAGACAAGGAUCAUGCCCAGGCACAUUCAGCUGGCUGUGAGAAAUGAUGAGGAGCUGAACAAGCUCUUUGCCUGUGUGACCAUUCCUCAGGGCGGGGUUAUGCCAAAUAUCCUUUCUCAGCUCCUUCCGAAGAAAACUAGUGGAAGUGUUGCUGCUUCUCAAGACUAUGGUGGUAGCCAGUGA